AUGAGCCAAUUUCAGCUUUUCCCUCCUCCUGCUCCGCAGGGAGUCCCCAAGAACCCAUUUCGAAAGGGACCUAGGAGACCGUCGGUCAGCACUCAGUCCUCAGUUUCGAGUCCUUUAGAAGACCCCAGGGGCAAGGGUGCGGAAGCCAAAGCUGUGGUAUUACAGGUUGUCGAGCCUAGCAGCAUUAAGCCGUCACGGAAAGCACACAUCCCUCCUCCCUCGCCACGAUCAUCCACCCCAGAGGCGAGACCAGGUUCACGAUCGCCUGAAUCAAUUUCCAAAGCCAGCCCAGAAGAACAAAAUGUUUCGAGCCCUCUUCCAGAUGAUAAUAAGCUGUUAUCACCUGCUAGAACUAAUGGAGAUGGGGAAUCCGGUCGUGCACAAAACCCUGCGCCUGUCGCUGCCUCUCCAAUCGUCCCCAUGAGGUCGAUAUUCCCUCGUUUCAACCCAGAUGCACCACUCGGUCAACAGCAAUACUGCAAUGGCGUCUCUCAGAACUUCUCACGACCUCGUACCAGGCCUGCAGAGCUUGACUUAUCUCAGGCCCCAGAAAUCGAUCGCGCACUGGGACCCAAGACGGUCCCUGCGAGCGUGCUGGAUUUUCCGGCAGGUCUUCUCGAUCCAGUUGAUGUGGUCUACUCUUCUACAGCAGAGCUUAGAGGGUUAUGGGAGGCAGCAAAUGGCCAGAGGCCAGAAGGUAUUGGUGGAAAUUUCAGCCUUCGAAUGCAACGCCUCGACGCCGCGACUUUCGUCUUUGGCGAGGCUAAUGCACCCUUCUACACCAUGCAAACAUACUCUACGGAUGAACUAUCCAUAUCGAGAACAAACCCCUCCAACCCUAACACCAAGAUCUCCAUUAUGAUGCUCCAACUGGAAGACCGCCGUCGUCGGGAACCCCCCGACGACGGCCUGGUAUCCCACCUUUUCUCCCAACUCGCCGCCAUGCUUGCAAUCGAGCAAGCAGAGGAACUAGCCCGGCAACACAGACUUCCUCUCCUCGAAGCAGCAGAGGUAGAAGCCGACGCGCUAAAGCGUGCAGCCGCCCAAGAGUCUUGCAGACUUUCCUGGAACCCCACAAAACGCCUCUACGAGCUCCAACACCCAUCCUUGAGCAAGCAGGCCCCAAGCCCAGCCCUAGUCGGCGCAGCGGGUAUGGCUCUCUCCCCUGUACGAUCCAAGUACUCGGGUGUCUUACACAUUACUGUUUCUACCCCAUCCGCAAACCCCACGGCAGAAACAGCCCCAGGUCGCGCUCAACCGCCCACCAUCCUCGUCACAGCUCCCCUCCCAAAUAGCUCUAUCGACGCAGCCGCUUCACCGCGCACAUCAACUCUCCCUCUCACGGACACAGACGAGCCCCUCGCCUCCUUAGACCUAGGCACCAUGACGCUGACGAUCUCCACACCCACAAUCACAAACACCAUUCCCUCUCUAUACGCAAUCGACUCCAUCGUCGCUGCGAUUCUCGCCGUUGCCGUCUCCGACGCAGCUACAAACCCUGUACUCGCAGACACGCCCCUUUACAACCCCCACAACAACCACUCUCUCUCUCCCCAACCCCAACCGCAACCGCAAUACCCACGCACACCCACCACCCCAUUCACAGGCAAACUCGUCGCCACGAUCGCCGAGCGCGAAGACGCCCAAGCCGGAACAGACCUCAUCUCACGAAUAAAAUCCGCCGCGUCCCCGUCCCUCGACAGACAAACCAAGCCCGCCGCACGAUUCAACCCCCAAAAAUGGCUCUCGCUGCCCUUUCCCCGCUCAGCGCACUCGACCCCAACCCACCUCCCCCAACCCGAGCGUCGGAGUAAACGAGCUAAAAGGCAACCACCCCCAUCCACGGGCAUCAGCAUCCCGAUGGUCGCGGAGGAAUUCGACCUCGAGAAAUACGGCCGCUACGGUACCGGUUCUUCGCGGGAGGGGGAAGAGGUCCCUGGUGCAGCGAGGGGCGCCAUCAAGUUACUCUUCUGGGGACUCAAGUUGGUGGUGUUUGCGUUGACGGUGGUGUUUAAAGUGCUCAGUUGGGUUUUGGUUGCUGUGGCGAGGUGUUUGACGAGUGAGAAGCUUUGA